GCCUGUGUUCUGGGCUGCAGGGCCAGCACAUCUCGCCCUUGGACUCCACAGCCAGCAGCGGCCAGAACCCAGGGCCCGGAGCCGGGGGCAGGCAGACGCCAACCUGUAACCUCAUUGGUGCUCACGGGCCUUCCGCUCGCGUCGUCUCGGGGCUUCCCGCCGGUCUGCGUACCGGAGCAGGUACCGCGUCCACGUCACCGUCCCUGGUGGGGGCGGCAUGCAAGCCAGAGAGACAAUCUCUACAAGGAAGGCCUCACCAAGGGCAGACAGAAUGCAGAGACCACGCUGGCCCUGAGGAGCACCAGGCCCCACAGUCACCAUGGAAACAAGAGCCAGUCACACGGGGGAUCCCAAGCCCAAGACCCCAGGAAGCGCGCUGUCCCCUACAGGGUGGGCCUGACCCUCGGCCAGCCACGGGGAUCAAGGCCACGGGGACCAAGGCCACGGUCUAGGAAGGGGCUGGGGACAGCACCUUCUCAGCGGUGCCCCCACCUCACUGUCCCCACACCCGCAGCCCACAGCCACGCCUGCUUCAGCCACGGCCGAGGACGCCGGGCACUGCCCCCUUGGACCCGGGUCAGCACCAAGAGAGGCAAGCAGUCAAGGAUCAAAGGGGUCUGGCGGAGCCGCCCCCGGGAGCCAGGCUGGGCCCAUGAGAGACCAAUGGGGAGCAGCCGCGUGGAUGGGGCCCUGAGUCCGCUGAGCCAGCCGGACCAGGAUGCAGACCCUCCGGAGGACACGGGCGCUGCCAAGCCCCGGGCCGCCCUCCUGGAGAGGCACCUGCUGGGCGGGGAGAAGCAGCCACCCAGCACGGGGAGUGGCCCCUUCUUCUACAUGAACAUUAAAUUAUGAAGAAGCCUGGGAAUCAGCUCCUACUGCAAGAGCAAGGGCUGGCAGCGCAUCCAGGACAGCCAGCGCGAGGACUACAAGCUCAAGUGGUGCGAGGUCAAGUGUCGAGACAGCUACCUCCACUUCCGAGAAGGUGAGCAGCUGCUGUACCAGCUCCCCAACAACAAACUGCUCACCACCAAGAUCGGGCUUCUCAACGCCCUCAGGGAGUACGCCAGGGUCAUCAACAGGGUCAACAGGACAUCGCCGUGCCCACAGGCCAGAUCUGGAAGGGACCCCACACCUGCUCUGGAGGAGCUCCCACGGACCAGCCCAGGACCCCUCGAGUCACAAAGGAUUCUGAAAAUGGAAGAAUUUUUCCCAGAGACCUACCGUCUGGACAUCAGGGAUGAGAGAGAGACAUUCUUCGGCCUCUUUGAUGCCUCCAAGCUGUACCGACCGCCAGGCACUCAGCCAGGGGAGGGGGCCCACAGGCCGCCCCGGGCCAGGCGGUGGGGUCCUGAGGGACAGGUCCAGGCUGGCCCUGUGCUCAGCCCGCACCUGCCCCCCAGGUACAUCGAGAACCCGCUGCUGCUGGACGGGAAGAAGUUCGACGUGCGCUCCUACCUGCUCAUCGCCUGCGCCAUGCCCUACAUGGUCUUCUUCGGCCACGGCUACGCCCGCCUCACCCUCAGCCUUUACGACCCCGAGUCCCCAGACCUCAGUGGCCACCUGACCAACCAGUUCAUGCAGAAGAAGAGCCCCCUGUACGUGCUCCUGAAGGAGAACACGGUGUGGAGCAUGGAGCAGCUCAACCGGCACAUCAACGACAAGUUCAGCAAGACCAAGGGCCUCCCCCGCGACUGGGUCUUCACCACCUUCACGAAGCAGAUGCAGCAGAUCAUGGCCCACUGCUUCCUGGCUGUCAAGUCCAAGCUCGAGUGCAAGCUGGGCUACUUCGACCUCAUUGGCUGUGACUUCUUGAUCGAUGACAACUUCAAGGUGUGGCUGCUAGAGAUGAACUCCAACCCCGCCCUGCACACCAACUGCGAGGUCCUGAAGGAGGUGAUUCCUCGCGUCGUCAUGGAGACCCUGGGUGAGGCCCUGCCCAGGCCCGAAACCCUCCAACCGCCUGCUCCACUGCCUGCCCAUCCCACCUUCUGCCCAAGCUCAGAUGCCUACACACCCAGCUCUCCCACAUCCCAGGCGCCUGCGCGUCCCCGUCCCCAAGGAAACCCUGCCCCCACCCCCCAA